UUUCCUGCUUUUUAAAUGAGUACCUGUGCUGCUGCUUUUUCUGACCCACCUCUGUCGACUGUGUGUGUGUGUGUGUGUGAUCGGGGAUAUCUGCUGUUUUUUUCCCUCACCCACUCACACACACUCCCGUUAUUUCAGAACGCCUUACACGAUAUUCGUCUUUACCUGUCCGGGUUGCUCACCUGAGCGGACUCACCUGUCCCGACGCCGCGAGACUUUCAUUCCUGUUUUUUUUUUUUUUUUGACUCAGAGCUGGAGAGAGAACCAGCUUGAGAGGGAGAAGAGGUGUGUUGAGGGGUGAAAGACGAGAUAAAGCGGAUCACCGCUUGCGAAACGAGAAGAAAGGUGCAAGGAGGAAGGAGAAGAGGGGACCCGACACCUUCCAUUCUUCCCUCCAACUUUGGAGUUUCCUGCUUUUUUUUCUAACUUUCAGGUGCUUCCACCGUCGCGAGAAGCCGCUUCUCUGCAACUCACCUCCGAGGAUCUGGGGGUUAAUUGAACAUGCCGCGGGCCUUUUUGGUGAAAAAGACGAACGUUUCGCCGGGAAAGCGGAACUGGAGCGAGCUCCCCGAUCAUGAACGAGGGGACGUCUACAUCCCAGUCUCCAUCUUCCCUCCGUCCAUCCUGACGAUGGAGGCCGAGGCGAGUCCCGCCGAGACGACGCCGCUCUGCCUCACCAAACAGUCUGUGUCGGACACGCGAACGCACGCCGAGCUGCCGUCCAGCACGGUGCUGGGCCGACCGCAGAGCCCGGCGGCCUCGACGGAGGAGAGGUCAGAGGUCAGGAGGAGGUCGCAGGGCGGCUCCACGUACGUCAGGUCGAAAAUGAAGGUGACCACGGGCGAGUUACCCUCCGACCCCGCUCCUCUUCCUCUCUCCCUUCCUCCCAUUCCCACCCCUCCAUCCUUAACCCCUCACGCCGCUGUGAUGCCAGUCGCCUCCGCCCCCACGGAGGUGGUUUCCAUGGUGACCAGGUCGACAGGUCAGAGUCAAAGUCCGGCGACGGGGCCGUUUGUGUGCCAGGUUUGCCAGAAGACGUUCCAGCACCAGCGGAUGUUAAACAGACACGUCAAGUGUCACAACGAGACCAAGAAACACCUGUGCAGCUUCUGCAGCAAAGGCUUCAACGACACCUUCGACCUCAAGAGACACGUGCGCACACACACAGGUGUCCGUCCGUACAAGUGCACUGUGUGCGACAAGGCCUUCACCCAGCGCUGCUCCCUGGAGUCGCACAUGAAGAAGAUCCACGGCGUCACGCUGAAGUACGCCUACAAGGAGCGACGCAACAAGCUGUACGUCUGCGAGGAGUGCGGCCACACGGCGGGGACUCAGGACGAGCUGCUGCUCCACCUCCACUCGCUUCACCCCAACAGCUCCCUGCUGAAGGGGAAGGCCGCGAGGAGAGCAGCGUCAGGAGGAGGAGGUAAAGACGGAUGGUCGGUCGGAGGAUCCACGCCAGGUUCUCCUCAAGGAGCCGACAGCGAUGAUACCACAGGAUCAGCAGGGCAGUAAACGGAGAGGGGAGCCUGAAAGAUCGAAAUAAACUCAGGGGCGGACGGAUGAAGGAUGGGUGGAUGACAAGUCAGGGAAAGUAAACGUACUGUAAUCUGUAAAUAUGUGUGUAUAUUUAUGAAUGUAUGUGUGUGUGGAUUUGGGCAUCUUUAAUGUUUAAUGAAUUAAUUCACCAAGUCGGACUUUGACCUCUGACCUAUGAGAUUAUUUACAUACUUGACAACAUAGACCGUCGUAUUUUUCUGGCUAUAUAUAAUGCAUAUGAAUAAUUCCUGUGGGUUUUCCUGUACAGCAAAAAAAUAGUUUUUCUAUUAAAGAAAAGCUUUAUAUUAAAGGGAUUAAUAUAUUAUACAAGAAUGAUUUUCCUUUUUGUCAGGAUUUGUGUUGAUUAUGUGUCCGACAUUAUUGAUUCAACAGUGUUUGAGGUUAAUUGUGGCUCAAGGC